AAUAAAUAGGCUUCAUGACUGGAAGAUCUGAUUUGCGGGGGUUGAACAACUGAAGUACGGAAAUGAUUAAAAUUACAAAUCAUUAAUCUUUCAUAAGGCCAGUACAUCACGCCUUUCUACUUGCUUUCUAGUAAUUUAUUAUCAAUUUAAUAUUUACGUUAAAAAUCUGUUAUGAAUUGGUUUCAUUUUUACCUUGUAUCUGCAAUCAAGGAUUUAAAAGAUGAAAUCAUUCAAUUUGCCAGCGUAAUGUAAUCACAGUUUGACAUCUUAAGUGACCAUUAACUUUGUGAAUCAACAUGAAGAAGUUGUUUUCAAGAUUUGAUGGUCGAGACCAAUCUAGUAAGGAACCAAAUACCUUUAUUGGUAAAAUUUUUGCUGUUGGGAAAUAUACAGUUACCGUUGAAGAUAUUAUUGCAGAAGGGGGUUUUGCCAUAGUUUUCUUGGUGAAAGGCACAAACAAUGUUAGAUAUGCUUUAAAGCGCAUGUUUGUGAAUAAUGAUCAUGACUUGAAUGUUUGUAAAAGAGAAAUUACAAUAGCUAGCAACUUAAAAGGACAUAAAAACAUAAUUGGAUUUUUAGACAGCAGUAUUAAUCCAGUUGGUAGUGGUGUUUAUGAAGUACUAAUGCUCAUGCAUUAUUAUCGAGGUCAUGUUCUUCAACUUAUGAAUGAAAGAUUACAAUCAGGAUUUUCUGAAACUGAGGUGCUUCAAAUAUUUAGUGAUGUGUGUGAAGCCGUCUCUAGACUUCAUCAUUGCCAAACCCCAAUUAUACAUCGUGAUCUUAAAGUUGAAAAUAUACUUCUGAAUGAUAGUGGAAACUUUGUACUUUGUGAUUUUGGCAGUGCAACUGCAAAAGUUAUUAGUCCUCAAACUUAUGGAGUUAGUCAAGCUGAAGAAGAAAUAAAAAAGUACACAACACUGUCUUAUAGAGCCCCUGAGAUGGUAGAUUUGUAUUGUGGAAAAUCUAUAACUACAAAAGUGGAUAUAUGGGCUUUAGGAUGUUUGUUGUAUAAACUUUGUUUUUUUACAUUACCAUUUGGAGAAAGUGCUUUAGCAAUACAAAAUGGAAAUUUUAGCAUUCCAGAUAAUUCUCGUUAUUCUAAACAAGUUCAUUCCUUAAUAAGAUUUAUGUUAGAAGUUGAACCUGAUAACAGGCCAGAUAUUUAUCAAGUUUCUUACAUCGCAUUUAAAAUUGCUGGCAAAGAAUGUCCGGUUCCAAAUUUAAAAAAUUCAUCCAUUCCUGAAAUUGAUAAACUGCCAUUACCACAGACUGAGACUGAAGCUAAAAAGGCAAUAGCUAAACAGCAAAGACCAGCUUCUACUCCGGUGGUUGAGGGUACAUCAGUGGCACCUCGCCAAAGACCAAAAGGCUCUCAAGCUCCUCCUGGUGUUGGAAGUUUAACAUUACUUCCUCAAGCAACCCCUAAUACUUCUAAAAGAGUUACUCCUACUACUCCCCAUGAUUUGGCUAACUCUCCAGCAUUGCUUCUUCCCCCUACUGCUUCUAAGUCUAACAUAUCUACUCCGGUUACUCCUAUUGGUUCGGCAUCCCAAACCUUUCUCUCUCUGAAUCAAUGUCUUACUCCAACAACCCCUCAAACCACUUUAUCUGCUCCAUCUCUCAUCAGCCCCUUUACCCAAACAAAUUAUCUCCUCCCCUCACCAUCUUCUAUCUCUACUACAGCAUCAGCAGUAUCCUCUCCUGAGAGUGCUACUUCCUCACAUCUAGUCACUCAUCGAAAGUCCUCUGCUACAGAUGUUACACCAGUAGAAGUAGCUGUUAUAGCACCAACUCCUUCCCAACCUCCAAUCCAAGUUUUGACAUCAGAAGAGCCCAAGAAUUUUCUGACAGCCACCUCGAUGACUGACAUUGCUCCCCACAGCUUGGUGUCUGUUACCCCGCCUUCAUCCCCAACGCCCAGUCAACAUAGUCAUCAUAGGAGAAAUGCAAGUGAUACCUCAGCCUUUGACAAGAAUGUUGCAAAAGAAAUAACUCAAUUUUUAACACCUUAUGAAACAUCUCAAAACCAUGCUGUACUUCCUAAUAAUGAAGUCCCAACUUCAGCUGCAGCUCAUCAAAAGAAUCUUAGUGACCUAUCACAAUGGAAUCCAUUCAUUAAUAAUGCUCCUGGUGGCAAUUUAGCAGAAGAUCAGGCUUUUGGUCAAGAGUUUGAUAAAAUUCGUAGGGGAUCUCAAAGUAGUAUUUCCAAUGUUAAAAGUCGAGAGAGUCUAGUCAUGAGUGCUACAGAUUUAACUGAUUCUGAUCCAUUUGGUGCUGCCCCUUUCAAUUUAAGUGGUCCUCUAAAAUCGAAUAAAGGAACAUGCCCAACCCGACCCAAUCAACUGCCCCUCGCAUCCUCCGGUAUGCCAAAUCGUGAUAUAACAAGUUACGCUCCACUUUAUUCUGAAGAAUCUGAAAUGGCAUUACAAGUGAGGCACAGACAUAGUAGUGAGAAUUCCAGUGCCUCUCAUGAAGGCAGUCAGAGUGUUCACAGCGGUCGUUCUGGAAUGGAUAUCUUUUCUUCAUCCUUUACACGAACUCCAGCUGAAGAUCGCUCUAAAUAUGAAAAGCUUCUAAAUGAUGACUUUGAAAUGAAAUCUCCUCUUGAGAACAGUAAUGUAAAUAGCUCCUGUGAAAAAGUUCCUGGCCCAGAAAUGUGCAGUGGUAAUAGUUCUCUGGAAUUUCCUCCAGUGCAGGAAGAUAGCGAUUCCAUAGGCUCAGCUAGUGACUUAAGAGAACGAGUAGAUUCUAGUGGUGAAGAUGAAGGUUCCUCUUCUGUAUUAUCUGAUGAGAAACCAUCGGACAAUGUCAGGAAUAGUCUUCCUCCUGAUCUACCGGUGGAAUUUUCCGUUGAAAGAUCUAAGAAGUCCCCAGUUAUUAAAGAAAGUAUACCAGGUGUUUUUACCGACCAUACUGAAAGUGGACGGCCUUUGUUGGAUGAUGAAUCAUCGGAAGAUGAUAAUCAAAAUGAAUGUCUCUUAAAUGAAAACAGAAAAAGUAGUAACACAUCUUCCCUAGUUGUUUCUCCUACGACUAUAGUCACUCCACCAGAAUCACCUGUAGAAGUAACACGAAGCCUUGAUGUAUUUGGUGCAGCCCCUUUCAAACGACUAGCUGGAUAUUCUAACCCUGCUAAAACUCCUCUUCUGUCUGAAGACAAAGAGAUAGAUGUUUUCGCCCAAGCUCCUUUUAAAAUACCAUUCAAGGGACAAAAAGAAAGCUUUAAAAAUUCAUUAAAAAAGAAGAAAGACAAACCAGAAAGCUCUAGCAUUCCUCGUAGCUCUGAUAGCUUUGGAAGUGCUCAAGCUAUAUUUUUACCAGAUAUUGUACCAAGUGUGGAUACUUCCACUAGAAAAAGUUUACCUAGUAUUAAAUACACAGUAAGUGAUAGAGGCUCUCCAGUAAUGACUUCCAUCUCCCCUACUUUGUCUACUGAUUUAUUUGGUUCUGCCCCAUUUUCAGAACUUUCUCAAGAUUUUAAAACUACCCCAAAAUUACCCACGCCUAUGACAUGCCAGCCUGUAGCUGCACCUGGUCAAGUCAGUAAUAUAGUCAUAACUUACCAAAAACAAGUAGCUGCUACGACUCAACCCCAAAGUUCCCCAGCUCCUAUACCUCCUCCUUCCUCCAAUAGCAGUAUUAUCCGUCGCAAAUCAAAUCAAGAUUUAUUUGGAGCUGUUCCUUUUAGUGCUGUUGCUCCAGCUUUAGCUUCACACAAAAAACCUCCUCCUAUUAUUGCUCCUAAACCUAAACUUUCUGCUAGAGUUGCUAGCCUUCCCUCUGAACCCCUUCCGAGUUCAUCUUCUAGUAAAAGCAUCAUUGACAAUGGUAAUUUGAGAUCCUACAGCACUGAAUCCUGUGAAGAAUCCAAAUUUACAUCGUCUGUGGACAAGACAAAAUACAAAGAGUUGAUUGAUGAUGAUAAUGAUAGUGCAUUCACAUUUAAUCAUGAUGAAAACGUGAAUGUAGUAUCUUCCAAACACUACACCCAGCUGAAGCCUAUUAAAAAGUCAAAACAUACCAAAAAGAAGGAAGCUAAGGAACGAUUGAGCAGCACCAAUGCCUUUGCAAACAUGAGUUUUGAAGAUGUAGUGAGUGAUGAUGAUUCACAAUACACGCAGUCUUUCAUCCGUGAGAGCAGCAACAUAAAGAGAACGUCGCAUUCCUUCAGAAUAGCUAAAAUUAACUAAUUAUUUGUAAAGGAACAUUGCCUUUUGUAGAGUAUGUAAUUAAUCAAAACAAAUAUCAAUUUUGAUUUAUAGAAAAUUAUAUGAAUGAAUUUAUAUAUUACUAAUUCCUGUAAUCGUGUUUUUCCAUUGUUGUUGCAAUUAAAUAGGCCUUUGAAUAUUGUAGACAUGUAUAGGCCUAGUUGUCACAACUAUGUGCAUUUCUGUAUAUAAUAUAUAUAAAGAUAUAUAUAUAUAUCAUAUGGGACUGUAGACAGCAAAGUCAAAAGACCCAAGUAAAUAAAGAAAUAUUCUUGCAUUAA